AUGGCCGCCCCCAAGACUGCCGGCCAGCCCACUCUGGUCUUUGUCGAUGGAGCCUUCGAGGACCUCGCUGCCGAGAUGGCCGACUACCUCAAGGCUGAGGAUGCCAAGCAGCUCCUGAGCAACGAGAAGGCCCCCUCCACCGAGGAUGUCGUGGCCAAGCUCGUCUCGGCCUCUGCCGCCCUCAACACCGUCCCCGAGAAGGAGUACACUGCCGCCUCCAACCUCAUGAUCCACCUGGUGCUGCAGUCCGCCGAACCAAAGAAGCACCUGCCCACCCUCUGCACCACCUUCGCCAAGCCCCUCAUCAACUCUCCCGUCCACGGCGUCGGCCUGUCGCUCAACGCCCUGACCACCGUCUUCAACCUGCUCGACCCCAACGACCCCGUCCGCGCCCGCGUCUUUAUGGAGAUCCUCAAGUUCCUGCGAUCGCACGGCAUGUACGAGGGCCUGCGGACGUACCUCGACAAACUGCCCGAGUGGCUCGCCGCCUGGGGCACCGAUGUCGACUUUCAGCGCAAGAUCUAUGAGGAGGUUGCUGAGGUGGCCCUGGAGGCCGGCGAGGAGACGCAAGGAUACGAGUACAUCCUCAAGGCUCUGCGGACAUUCGACGGCGACGAAAAGGACGGCGUCUCCUCCGAGGAUGCCCAGCGAUUAUCCCUCCGCGCCGUCAAGAUGGCCCUCCUCUCCAGCACCCACUUCCUCUUCCAAGACCUGCGGGGCAUCCCCAGCGUGCAGGCUCUCAGCGACUCCCACCCCGUUUACUCGCAACUCCUCGACAUCUUUGCUGAACAGGACCUCGAGGACUACAACGACUUCAACGACGAGCACGAGGGUUGGGUUGAGAAGGAGAAGCUGGAUCACGAGAAGCUCCACCGCAAGAUGCGCCUCCUGACCUUUGCCAGCCUGGCGGCCGCCACCCCCAGCCGCGAGAUCGAGUACUCCAAGAUCACAAGGGCCCUUCAGAUCCCCUCAGAGGAGAUUGAGAUGUGGGCUAUCGAUGUGAUCCGCGCCGGCCUCGUUGAGGGCAAGCUCUCCCAGCAGCGCCAGCACUUCCUCGUCCACAAGGUGACAUACCGCGUCUUUGGCCAGAAGCAGUACCAGGAGCUGGCCACCCGCGUUGACCACUGGCGGUCGACGCUGCAGAACGUCCUCAGCGUCCUGCGCCAGGAGCAGGCCAACGCCAAGGCCCAGAAGGAGCGCGAGAUCCAGGACCUCGAGCGCAAGGUCGCCAAUGCCGGCCUGGGCGGUAACCAGGAGGGUGGUAACCGCCGCCGCCAGGGUCAGCAGAGGGAGCCGCGGGAGCCCCGCGAGCAGCAGCAGCCUCGUGAGCGAACGGAAAAUGACGACUAG